AAGACACAAAAUAUUAUUAUAAUCAACUGAAUCACGCAUUACAGCAUUACACAUUCAUCGUUCGCGUAAAUCGCAAUGGUCGUUUGUUAAGCUUGCAUCAUGCGUCGCACUUACUGUGCAGUUUUUAUUAUAAAGUGUUUUUUAAUUAACUUUUGCUUAGGUGAGCUAAGCAUUGAGAAAAAGGAUCAAGUUUUGAAUGGCUUCAUAGAUUCGUUGAACAAUCUACCCGAUCAGCUUUAUACUUAUGAAGAAGGAGUACUUUUAGAAGCGGAGAAGACGAACGAUAACACGUACAAGGUCUGUGCGCGUCUCAAAGUCAGUGACAUCCAUAAUGUGGAUUCCAUCAAGAUAAUGCGUUGCAGAGCUGAACUAGUACAGAACGAGGAUGACGUACUGGUCGUACAGCAAGGGCAUGAUUGUGUAGAGGAGCAAGAUUCUGGCACUACGCAAGACGUGGAGACGGGAGUUAGUAGUGAAGACCGUACAACAGAAUCUGCUGGUUACGAUGGGCCCGUGAAGCUAUACAAUGAAGUACAACAGCCCAAUGCUGAGGUGACAUCGGGCGAGCAGUUCGUCGCGAUUCCUCGAGCCAGCCCCAGCGUCCCGUGCAUCGGGUGCGCGUCCCACGUAGACCCUACCGCAGCUGGCGUGCCCGAACUGGCCAACCUUGGCAUCCGACAUUUGGACCUCCACGACCCGGCCAAGCAUGCGCUCAGAUCCGUCGUUGAUGUGGAGCGACAGGUUCAGGUAGUAAAUGGCGUCCGCUACAUACUCACCCUACUUGUCGAUUACGACAAUUGCACGGCGCCUGACGCCGUGCCCUGCCCAGUGAGUAUUCCAUGCAAAAUUUCCAUCCUCGAAAAACCAUGGAAAAAGUUACCAGACGGCUCAAAGUACCGAGCCAUACUAGCCAACAACUGCACUGCUGAAUGGCUAUUUGGUGACGAAGGCGAGGUCCUGCCCGUUCUUGAAAAUAAUGAAAACAAUGAAAUUCACCCAGACCCCAAUGCUGAUCCUGAUGCUUUAAAAGUUAUCCAUAAUUUCGAUGCGCAAGCGCGUCCUAAUCAAGAAAAUUCUAAUGCUGACGAAGUUUUAAAAAAGAUAGAAGACCAAAUUAUCCCGCUCAGUGAAUUUGAAGCAUCUGGGCACCGCAUUGAAGCAACUUCAACAGAGAAAAUAGCGCCGCCCCAAGAAGCUGCCGAGCAGAUCCACGCAGAAGAAAUACAAAGAAAUUAUAAUGAAAAUGCGGCCGUCGGACAGCAGUUCCAAACGAGCGAAACUAACUCUUUAUUAAGCGAAGACAAGAAGAAAGCGGUCGAUGAUCUAAUGCACUAUUUCGAAUUAGACGGUUUUGAAAAACCCGAAGUUACUGGUGAUCAUCACAGAAAAAAAAGAAGUUACGAUGAACUUCAGAACGUGAAUAAUCCCUUAAAUAACGUUAUAUACAUUCAAAAAUUGGCCCGAUUAAUGGUUGAUUACUUAAAUAAAGUAGAUAUGGCUAUACAAAACAGAGUUUUGACAGAUGUAAUACGCGCGGAAGACGAAUUUGCAAAUAACCAACAUUUCUUCUACUUACAAGCCUCGGUAAGCAUUCCCUGCAACAAAUCUCUAUGUAACAAUAAAGAUAUUGUUAAAGAAGUUUGCACCGGUGCUGUAGAGACUACAGAUGAACACGAUCCUAGGAUACUGAAUGCAUUCUGUUACGAAGAUGAAAACCAUUACAGCAAAGAAGAGUUACUAUCGGUGGCCGAUCCAAUACUUGUCGAACAAGUUCAACCUGCUUUAGAAAAAAUUGAAUCAGAAUCUCCUAAAGCUAAUGCAAUUAAGUUGAUUAAAAUUCUAGAUGCAACUACAAAAAAGAUGUCCGGGACAUUAACAAGGAUCACGUUGUCCCUUAAAUAUACAAAUUGUAUGAAAUCGCAGGCCUUUUACAAUCGAGUGAACUGUAGUAUAAUUGAAGACAUGGGCUCUAAAAUCUGUCAAGUAGAAAUACACGAAAUACAUAAUAAUAUGCAAAUUGAAUAUGAGUGUAUUGAACGAAGCGUACGCGACGAUUUCUCAGAUUUAGAGCAAGUUGUUAGAAAAACCGGAAAUGUUGAUCCGGAAAUUCGUAACAUGGUACAACAAGCUUUAAAGAGCCUAAAACAUAAAACAGACGCAAAUCGAAAACUUAAAGUAGUUGACGUAAAAUCAGUUUCGACCAAACUCAUGGCCGGUUUAUUAACUAAAGUCGUAUUUUCCAUUGGAUAUACAAAUUGCCUUGAAGAUAAGAAUGUAGAUGAUACUACUUGUGAACUACUGCUUAAUACACCCAUUCGCGAGUGCGAAGCACAAGUAUGGGAUAGGCCAUGGCAGGCAGAUAGUAGGCAAAUACAUGUUAAGUGUGAAGAGGAUACUGACAUACAUACGGAUAUUGAAAAAAAUGAGAUCCCCGUAUUAAGAAAAAAACGAACUAACUUUGUUGGAGGUGUAAUAGAGAAAAACCCUAAUGACCCUCUCUACAAAGAAUUAGCUGAUGAAUCGAUAAAACAACACUUAGCAUCCACUAUAAACGGCCUUCAAGUCAGCGUUAAAGAUCUAAAAGUGAAACGAGUAGUCACUCAAGUAGUUGCAGGAACUCUCACUAAAAUUGAUUUCGAUGUUAUCCCUGCCGAUGGUGAAAUAUUCAGCUGUCAUUCUGAGGUUUGGGAACGGCCUUGGCUUAAGAGCAAGGAAAUUACUGUUACAUGUCCAAAAAAUCAGAGGAGAAAGCGUGAUCUGAAUCUGAAAGGUGGAAUGAAGAAUCAAGACCCUGAGGAUCCCAAGUACAGAAAAUUAGCGCAAGAAUCUUUAGACAAGUAUCGUACAACUCUAGUUGGUGGUCAACUUAACGUAAAAGAAUUUAAAGUUACAAAAGUCACCACACAAGUCGUUUCUGGCACCAAAACAUUUAUUGAUUUUACUGUAUUUCCUACCAACGGUGAUGAAAUAACGUGCCAUUCUGAGAUAUGGGAGCAGUCUUGGCUUAAUAAGAAAGACAUUGAUGUAAAUUGUGGUGUAAAUCAACAACAAAAUAGAGCUAAGAGAGGUUUACCUGGUGGCCACAAAGAACAAAAUACUGAGGACCCAAAAUACAGAAAAUUAGCCCAAGAAUCUUUAGACAAGUAUCGUACAAAUCUAGUUGGUGGUCAACUUAAUGUAAAAGAAUUUAAAGUUACAAAAGUCACCACACAGGUAGUGUCUGGUACCAAAACAUUUAUUGAUUUUACUGUAUUCCCUACCAACGGCGACGAAAUAACGUGCCAUUCUGAGAUUUGGGAACAGCCGUGGCUUAACAAGAAGGUAAUAGAUGUAAACUGUGGCUUAAAGGGCCGAGAAAAGCGUGAAAUAUUCCACGACAACCCAGAUAAAUAUAAACAAGGAUCUCCAAAUGAACUUGAUGCCAGUGAACCGCAGUUCAAAUUAUUAGCAGUGGAAUCUUUACAGAAGUAUGUGGAAAUGAUAAACAGCACAGUACAUCAUGAAGUUGUCGAAGUAAAGAAGGCGAUUUCCAAGGUAGUCGCAGGGAAACUCUACGAAAUAGAUUUCACCGCAGUCCCUACUUCAUGUUCAAUAUAUGAGGGUAAUACAGAAAAUUGUAUCGCUCGAAACGACACUCUUCUGUCUUGUCAUGCACAAGUCUGGGCUCGGCCUUGGUUGAAAUCAAACGAGAUUGAUGUCAUCUGUAAAAGUGAUGAUACAACAGUUGAAGAAGAUGGUAAUUUAAUAGAAGAAGACGAUGAUUAUCAAAAGAAACUAACAUUACACCCACGGCAAGAAAUAUAUGGUAAAGAACUAAAAAUGCUUGCUCAAGAGGUACUGGAAACGUAUGAACGACAGUUUAACUCGAUGUAUAAACAUAAAAUAAGAAGUAUUGGGAAAUCCUAUGAGCAAAUUAGUGAAGGUAUUUUGACCACUAUUGAAUUUUAUGCGUCACCCACGAAAUGUCUAACUGUUGAUGAAACUAACGUUGAUGACUGCCAGAUAAAGCAACCCGAAGUUGUAAUAUUGUGCAAGUCGGUUGUACGGGAGCGGACAUGGGUAUACUUUAAAGAUAUAAAGGUGUUUUGUAACAAUGUAAAUACUACUAAGUCAGACAUAAUGGCUUGGGAGGAUGAAACACGAAACAUGGAAGAAAAAUACGCCGAUAGACAUAAACGAGACAUAAUUAGAGAUGAUGACGAUAAUUACAUGGAUGAUGAAAUGAAAUAUUAUUAUGCCAAUCGUGCUCUUAAACAUCUUAAUGAACGCAGUGACAGUCAUAACUUACAGAAAAUGAUUACCAUUCAUUCUAUUGAUGUAUCCAAUCAGAUGGGUGCACGAAUGAUACGUAUGUACAUUGAAACGGCUAUGACAUUCUGUGUGCGUCAUCAACUUGAGCGUGUAGAUCUCGCCCAGUGUGACGAAAUGGAAGGUCUACCGCACAAAUUGUGUCACGUGAGGCUAUGGCCCUCUGACAAUGAUGAAAUGAUUAUACGGCAUGUGGUAGUCGUUUGCGACGAUGAUAGUGACUUUUCUUCGGUGACUGGAUUCGAAGUAUCUAAAUUGAUAGUCGCCUCGUUGCGAAAGUUGGAGGAGUCACCAAAAGUAAAAUUCAAAUUAGUCCAUCAAGGAGAGCCAUACGUAAUGCCUGCACUCAGCUCGAGAUUCCCUAUUAAAUUGAAUUUUGUUGUUUUAAGGACUAACUGCACUAAAGAUGUAGAUGUGUUUAAACAACGACACUUGUGCUUUGUAGAUUCUACUACACCAGCUACGUCUUGCGAAUCUAAGAUAUAUCUUUCUCCCAAUAGCAAGGACAUUAAAGAUAUUAAAGCUUGGUGCAACCCAGCUCACAGGGAACGAAGAGAUAUCAGCUUUGGCCCAGCUAAAUCUAAUAGCGAGGAUGCUAUCAUUGCUCAACUAGUUGAAGCGUCACUGGAAAAACUUGAAACAUCGUCGCUGCAUAAAUAUAAACAGAGGGUAUUGAAAAUCAAUAGCUACUCUACCAAAAUCACAAGAGGACGAGAGACCACAAUAGAUUUUGACGUCGGAUAUUCAUCUUGCUUAAAAUAUGAGUCCAUCAAGAAUAUAAGCAAUUGUGAAUUUCUCGAGCACCUCCCAAUAAGGCAUUGCAUAUCCCAUGUCUUUGAAAGGCUGUGGGUGGAAAACGGUAGAAAUAUUGAAGUGGUUUGCGAAGACGAUGAGACCCCGCUAGAAUCUCAAAUGGAAUUCGAAAACGCUGAUACGGCUAAUCAAAUUGCAAACGAAGCCUUAAAACACAUAGAAGCUAAAUAUCCUAAUGCAAAGAGGCUUCAGGUUGUUAGGAUAUUUUCUCUGUUGAAGCAAACUAUAGCUGGAAUUCACUAUAGGUUAAAGAUGGAGGUUGGUGUUACAGAUUGUCCCGCGUUAAGUCUUAAGACAGACUGCAAGUUAGUUGAUGGAUUCGAAAAUAACAAAUUUUGCCGAGUCAACGUGUGGAUCAGGCCUUGGACGGACCACCCUCCAAAUUUCCGCGUUAUUUGUGAUUAUCAAGAAAGCGAGACCGCAGAGGUGUAUCAUAAAAUGCAAGCUGAGCACCUUUUCGCCAACUUCCUCGCAACAUACAGGCCAGAUUACAUGGACGAUUACAAAGAGAUGUCAAGAAGGUUCAAGAUAUUCAGAGCUAACGUGAGAAAGGUUCACGAGUUGAAUGUUCACGAAAGAGGAUCGGCGACGUACGCAAUCACUCGGUUCUCUGACAUGACUUCUGAGGAAUUUAGCAGCAAGUAUCUGGGGUUAAAGACGAGCUUGAAGAGUGAGAACAACAUCCCCAUGAUUAAGGCGGAGAUUCCGAAUAUAGAUUUGCCACAGUCGUUCGACUGGCGCGACCGCGGCGCCGUCACGGAGGUCAAGGACCAGGGACAAUGCGGUAGCUGCUGGGCUUUCAGUGUUACAGGAAACGUGGAGGGUCAAUGGAAGCUAACCUCUGGCAAGCUGUUAUCGUUAUCGGAGCAGGAGCUGGUGGACUGUGACAAAACGGACCAGGGCUGCAAUGGCGGCCUGAUGGACAAUGCUUACAGAGCCAUAGAAGAGCUAGGUGGACUAGAGUUAGAGACCGACUACCCGUAUGAAGGAGCAGAUGAUAAAUGCGUGUUCAACAAGACCCUGUCCAGGGUCCAGAUCAGUGGGUCCGUGAACAUCUCCUCGAACGAGACGCAGAUGGCGCAGUGGCUGGUCGCCAACGGACCCAUUUCUAUCGGUAUAAAUGCAAACGCGAUGCAGUUCUACGUCGGUGGCGUAUCGCACCCGUGGAAGGCGCUCUGUAGCCCCAAGAACCUGGAUCAUGGAGUGCUAAUUGUUGGCUUCGGGAUCAAAGAGUACCCGCUCUUCCAUAAACACCUGCCCUACUGGACAGUGAAAAACUCUUGGGGCAAGUCGUGGGGCGAGCAAGGGUACUACCGCGUGUACCGCGGCGACGGCACGUGCGGCGUCAACCAGAUGGCUAGCAGCGCAGUCGUGUAACA